CAUCAAAAUCAACCGUGUGAAUCGUGGUUUUCCUGCGUUUUCUGCCAUUUUACUCUUCCCCUUCCACAAUUAUUUUCUUUGACCAUUUACUCUUUCUCUCUCCCUCCUGUGGUUUUCCUUUAUAAGCUCAUUUCUUCUUCUUCUUUCUUCUUCUUCUCCUCCUUCUUCUUCUUCACCUCUGGUGCCCAGCUCAUUUCUACUUCCCCUUAGUAAAAGGACCCAGCUCCGUCUUGUCCAUUCUCUGCAAUCCUUCACUCCUCCAACCCAUUCACACCCCCACCCACAAUGGCAAACGUCACUUCUUCUUCUUCUUCUUUCUCGUCGGAGAAUCCAGCGGUUUCAGCUGCAUCCUCAUCCUCCGGGGCCCCCGAAGACGUUUUCGAAGACGCCUGCAGUAUAUGCCUUGAGCCCUUCACUACCGCCGACCCGUCCACUAUUACCAGUUGCAAACAUGAAUACCAUCUUCAUUGUAUCCUUGAAUGGUCUCAAAGAAGCAAAGAGUGCCCCAUAUGUUGCCAGUUACUUGUCUUAAGGGACUCUGCCAGCCAAGAGCUUCUAGCUGCAGUUGGUAUUGACAGGCACUCAAGGUCAAGAAACAGUUAUUCUGCUGCUCCCACAUCUCUUCAUGGUUUCUGUGAGGACUUUGAUGUCGGGCAUGACAUACCUAAUUCAGAUGUCUCUGAUUUUGAUGAGCGUAUAAUGCAGCAUCUGACUGCUGCUACUAGUAGAGCUCAAUAUGUUUGUAGAAGGGAAAGGGAGAGAUAUACUGGGAAUGGUCCUUCCCAAGUUCUUGCUUUCACCUCUCCCACAAAUAUGUCACGGCAACCAUAUGCAGGUUCACCAGAAGAUUGCCCAAAUUUAAGUUACGAAUCGACUGGGGGUCAAUCAGCAUCUUUGGACAUACGUUCUGCUGACAACUUUGAACCUCCUGCAUCUGUGGAUGUUAAUUUGGUCUCCAGUACUCCUCUCAACAGAGAUAUCCCUUUUAAUCCCAGCAUUCUUUAUUGCCAGCCACCAUCAGAUAGUCCAAGAAGACCAAGUGCAUCUGAGAUGUUCUCCUUUCCAGAGACACUCAAAUCUAAACUGUCUGCUGCUUCAUCUAGAUACAAGGAAUCAAUCUCAAAAAGUACCCGAGGCUUUAAGGAGAAGCUGCUUGCUCAUAAUAACUCAGUAAAGGAGCUAGGCAAAGAAGUUCAGCGUGAGAUGAAUGCAGGAAUUGUUGGUCUUGCACGAAUGAUUGAACGCCUGGAUCUUAAUUCAAAGCAAUCUGGAUCAUCUGUUCCUGUUUUCAGUUGUACUGGAGGAACUUCAAACCUCUCCUUCAAAGGGAAGGGUGUGGAAGGAAAUGUUGAUGCACGGUCACUUGACAAAAUCUCUGGGAAAAUUGCUUGUGAUUUAAGUCCAAAUGCAACCUAUAACUCUGGUGCUAUACAUGGACAAUCAGGAAAUCCUCAUCCACAGAGUGGAUAUUGAUGCUGGUACUGGCUCUUCAACUGAACUGUGCUAUAUGAGCUCACUGCAAGGCAUAUGGUGCAAGCGACGAAAUGUGUUUGAACCAAUCCGCUGGUUCGUUAACAUCCUGCAUUGCCUACCUAUAGUCUAUAUACAUGCGAAGUGGAAAACUUUAUUGAUCGGACCAUAUCUUGUCCUGCCCCUAGUGUUCUCCUUUCUUCUCCAAGUAAGUUUUAAAUAGAUAGCAGAUAAUUCCGACUUCCUAUUAUCUCCCAUUUGCAAUGUUUUUUUUUUUUUUUUUUUGAAGUUUUAAUUGCGUUUUUUUCAUGUGGGAGCAGUGAGUCAUUUGAAAAGCAGUGAA